UUCCUUGCAGCCCACGCCGGACGGCGCGCGGGCCCCACCGAUCAACCGGCGCCGUCGGAUUCCGAUCGGACGGCCGGGCUCGCGUCAUCUUCCACCUCUCGUCGGCCUCGAGGCGACCCCCCCCCCCCGCUCUCUCUCCUCCCCUCGAUGAGAGAGAAACCCUAAUCCCCCAAUCCACUCGUCCAAAUCCAUCCCCUUUCCGAUCCACCCCCCUCCGAUCCGCCCGCCGCCAGCCGCCAGCCGCCAGCGGCAGAUCUCGCCGACCGCCGCCCCGAUCUGGUCCCGCCUCGCCGCCCCCGUCGGUCCUGGUCCGUCCCCCGAUCUGGUCUCGCCGCCCGGUGGAGGGAGGGGGGCGGCGGAGGAGGAGAUUCGAUUCCGGAGGAGGAUGGUCUGAUGGGCGGCGGCGGGGCGUCGAUGUUGGAUGAGGACGAAGCGCGCCGGAUCUGACCGCGCACGGCCACCCCCACCGCCCAUGCCGGCCGUCGGGGCGCGGCGCUCCACGCGGGUCUUCCUGCCCAGGGCGCACAAGCAGGCCCCGCGCUCGCCGGAGCCCGCCAGGGUCACGCGCUCCGCCAAGCGCCUCGCCAUCUCCUCAAACCACUCCCACUGGCUCGGCUGGGAGCAGCGCGCCGCCAGCACCAGCGACGACGACGACGACGAUGACGGCCCCAAGCCGCGCACGCCGCAGCGCGAGCCGUCGCCCGACCGGCCCAUGUCGCCGAGGUCCUUCGGGGCCGUGUACAGACGGAAGCGCCGCCAGAGGCCGCCGCCCGAGCCGGAGGACCUCGCCAACGGCGACGGCGACGACGGCAGCGACAGGAGGUUCGGGCUCGUGUUCACCAGGAAGCACAAGCGUGCCAAGCUCGCCCCUUUCGGCCUGUGCUCCUCGUCCAGGGAGUUGGCUUCGACCGUCGGGCUCCUUGAAGACGCACAUUUUCUGGGUGGCGCUGUCGGCAGCCGCAGCGCCGUGCUCGUCGUCCUCGUGGACGCGUCUUCCCCCGGGAGCUCGAGCCGGUUCUCGCGCCUCCUCCUGCCGGUGUUGCUGUGGCUGCGCCGGCGCCAGCGGAGCCAUGUCCGGAGCCUGGCCUCGUUUCUUCUGGCCUCGCCGGCUGUUGCCACCGCGUUUGCUUCGCACGGGGUGCACUUUAUCAGGCUCCAGCGCCAGAGAGCUAGUGCGUUGCUGCAGAGGCCUACGGUGAACUGCGGGUGGUGCGAGCUCCGUGGUGCUGGCCCGUCUCGGCAGCCGGUGCUGUCGGUCAACUUCUCGGCGUUCCCUUCUUACUUCCAGGGCUUGCAUUCUGCGACAGCUCUUCGUUUCAUAUAUCUGCCAGCCGUGAUUCGCCGGGCCAUGGGUUUGGCUGGAGGAGCUGAAGAAGAAUCGUAUUCUCGAGAUCAUCCAGAGGUGGAUUCUGGGUCUCCGAGCACCGGGGACGCCACACCCGCUGUCGGAUCUUACGGAGCGGUUCAGGAUUAUGUGCCCCUUGAGCAAGCUCCAGGAGUGGUGCUGCAUGGUCUGCGGCUGAAGAAGCACCAGAGGAAGCGAAGCUCGAUGAGGCAUCCCCUGAGCCGGCGCCGCCGUCUCACAGUGAGAUUUUCUGACAAGGAAAUUGGAGUGAAGGAGGGCACCGUGACCUCUCAGACGGAACUGCAAAAUCCACCAUUGACCGGAGGCCCUGAGGUUUCCGAGGAACCUGUCCAGCCCAAGCCAGCAAUGGAAAUUUCUCUUGAUCUGCUUGAUAACAUGGAUGACAGCGAUGUCUCGACGCCCAUGGGACCAAGUGGGAAGCAAAAGAGGUCUUUUUUCAAAAGUCCCGUUGACCGCACGAGUGAAAGGCCGGCCCUGUCAGAGGUUAGGCAGAAUAUAGAUACCUUCCGCUGCAAAGCAAACCUCUUGAUUAUUCAGGCUGAUAGGUGCUGGAGGGAAGAGGGAGCUGAAGUUAUGCUGGAACUAUCAAACUCCAACGGGUGGUGCGUGGCUGUGAAGCUACACGGUGUCACUAGAGUCUCUCUUAAGCCUUCAGAGCAGAGGUUCUAUGUCGUCAACCGGCACACCCAUGCCUACGUCUGGGCGGUCGAAGAUGGAUGGAAGCUUGAGUUCCCUGACAAAUGGGACUGGCUUUUAUUCAAAGAAUUGCACAUCGAGGGCCGGGAGCGCAAUUCUCAGGGAAAGAUCAUCCCGAUUCCAGGUGUGCAUGAGGUUUCCGAUGGCAUGGGAGGGACUGUAGCAGAUCCUUUCUCACGCCCUGUGACAGACUAUAUCAGAACGGCGGAUGAUGAGGUUGCGCGGGCCCUCUCGAGAGAUUCAGCUUAUGACAUGGACUCGGAGGAUGAGGAGUGGCUCAUUCAGCUGAAGCAUGGGCCUUCCGAUAGAAGGAGGACCCGCCUGAACCAGAUUUCCUACGAAGAUUUCGAGAAAUUAAUAACCUUGUUCGAAAAGGACGCCUACAAUAAUCCUGAGGAAGCUAAUGAUGUGGAUCAGCUUCUCUCCAGGCAUCCUGCUUUAGGCAAGGGUGACAAUGUCCUUGCCAUAUACGGAUACUGGACUAAUAAGAGAGAUAAGAAAGGCACACCACUGCUUAGGAUAUUUCAGGGUGCACCUGCUGUAAGGCGAGGACGGCCGUCGCAGAAAUCUUCUGUAAAAAAGAAGAGAUCCGUGAAGAGACCACAAAGAAGCCAACCUGGCCGUGGGAAGCCUGGGUUCUUCUUGCAAGGUGGCGAAGGUGAGGCCUUGCAGAGGGUGGUGGAAGCCGACCGUGCCGCGAAACAGGCCGUAGACAAGGCCAUCCAGCUGCGCAGCAGAGCCCAGGCCCUCAUGGAGCGGGCCAACCUGGCGGCGUACAAGUCGGUGAUGGCCGUGAGGAUCGCCGAUGCCGCGAGCGUGUCUGAGAGGUGCCGGGACGUCGUCUGGAGGAGCCUCGACUAGGCCUUGCUUCUUUCUUUUGUUCCCGCCGCAUGUGUGAUAUCAUUGGCUAGUCUGCGAGGCUGUGUUUUUUUUUCGCCCCAUCCUCCUCUCCUCCGGUUGUAACUAUGCGCAGAAGAAGCAGAAGCGGAAAUUGAUGGGUCCCGGGUCGGACUCGUAGACAAAGAAACUGUAAUUCGUUUGUGUAAAUGAUAUAGUUUGGUAGCUAGAUGUUGGUGGAUGGAUGGAUGGAUCCGUGCCUGACGACUCUGUAUGUUAUAUGUAGUGCCCAUGUUUUGACAGAGAAAAAAGAUGAGGUAUUGUUAGAUCA